AUGAAGGCAACCGUUGCUUCUUUGGCGGCUGCCCUCGCCUUGGGAGCUCAAUCCGUCCUGGCUGCUCCCUCAUCUACCACAACUGCGGCUAAGCGGGCCAGCAGCGUCACUCCCAUCACCGUCAAAGGCAAUGCUUUCUUCCAGGGUGACAAACGUUUCUACAUCCGUGGUGUCGACUACCAGCCCGGUGGCUCCUCCAAGCUGAGCGACCCCAUUGGCAACGCCGAGACCUGCAAGCGUGAUAUCAAGAAGUUCCAGGAACUCGGCCUCAACACCAUUCGUGUCUACUCUGUGGACAACUCUGCCGACCACGAUGAGUGCAUGAACGCCCUUGCCGCGGCCGGUAUCUACUUGGUGCUCGAUGUCAACACCCCCAAGUACUCUCUCAACCGUGCUGAUCCCGCUCCCUCGUACAAUGAUGUCUAUCUCCAGUACAUCUUUGCGACCGUCGACAAGUUCGCUCGCUACGACAACACCCUGGCCUUUUUCUCCGGUAACGAGGUCAUCAAUGACGGUCCUUCUUCCAAGGCCGCCCCCUAUGUCAAGGCUGUCACUCGUGAUAUUCGCUCUUACCUAAGCGAGCAGAAGCUCCGCAAGGUCCCCGUUGGUUACUCUGCUGCUGAUAUUAACACCAACCGUCUCGAGAUGGCCGAGUACAUGAACUGUGGUACCGAUGAUGAGCGCUCCGACUUCUUCGCUUUCAACGAUUACUCCUGGUGUGAUCCCUCUUCCUUCACUACAUCUGGCUGGGACCAGAAGGUGAAGAAUUUCACUGGUUACGGCCUCCCGCUCUUCCUAUCCGAGUACGGCUGCAACACCAACACCCGCAAGUUCGAAGAAGUCAGUGCCCUUUACGAUACUAAGAUGACUGGCGUCUAUUCCGGAGGAUUGGUCUAUGAAUACUCGCAGGAGAGCAGCAAUUACGGGCUCGUUGAGAUCAAUGACAACGAUAUCAAGACCUUGGCGGACUACGAUGCCCUCAAGACUGCCUUUGAGAAGACCUCCAACCCCUCUGGCGACGGUAACUACAACAAGACCGGUGGCUCCAACCCAUGCCCGGUUAAGAACGCUCCUAACUGGGACGUUGAUGCGUCUGAUGCUCUGCCUGCCAUCCCUGUCCCUGCCCAGAAGUACCUGAAGAAUGGUGCUGGCAAGGGUGAUGGUUUCGACGGCAAGGGUUCUCAGAAUGCGGGCACCCAGUCCACUUCCGUUGCUACUUCUGGCUCUGGCUCCGGCUCGAGCAGCUCUUCUUCUGGCAGCUCGGGUGCUACCUCUUCUGGUGCCGCUGCUGGCCUGGUCAAGCCCUUCACCAUCAGCAUGGCUCCCAUUGCUGUCAGCCUGGUUACUAUUGUGUCCUCCCUGUUCGGUGCCGGUCUGAUCCUCCUGUAA